GGAACCAGACAGAACUUAUCUUCAGUGUCUGAUAAUUCAGUGAGUAGUUUGACUGAAGAUUCUUUCAGUUUGCACAGACAACUCCAAAAAAUGGAGGAUACUGAGAAUAUCACAGUGGCCAGAGAAAAUGACCAGGACUCCAAAUACGUGGAUCCCCAGGAGAUCAAAUGUACUGCGACUGCCUCAGAGCCAGUGGAUGGGACUGAUACUACAGGCAGUGAACCUAAUGAGGAAAACAAAGAAGAAAAGGUGGAGACAAAACCUGAAGCCAAUGACGGUGAGACAUGUGAGCGAGGGGGUGGAGUCACAGAGAAUAUCAACACAUUGAGGGAGGAGGAGAAAGAGACAGCAGUGGAGAAAAAAGAGGAGGUCAAAGAACAAACGGUUAAGGAGCAAAACAAUGAGACAGGGGUUAAUAGGGAAAGAAAUGAAGGUAACAAUGAGUCUCUCACAAAAGAAAAUCAUAUUAAUAAAGCUGAUGACAUCUGUGAGGAGGAAGGAAAACUUAAGGAGAAGAACAAAGGAGACGAGCAGGGACAUAGCUCUGAAAGUCAAACUGAACAACAGACAGAGGACAAAGACAAAAAGGAGAUUAAAGAAAAUAAAGAUCAUGUCCAGGACAAGGAAAGAAAUCCGGCAAGAAAAAGUGGAACAACUUCAUCCUCUGCCCUCAGAGCUCCAAUUAAAUCAUCUGUGUGUCCACGUGCUGCAAGGCCCUCUGCCAGAAGAGACGCCAUGGCCAAGUUUCAGAAGGACCAGACUCCAGGAGUUCGUAACUUCAAAGUUCAACAGACAUCCACAGGCAUGGCAGGUGGAGCUUCAAUUAAACAGAAAAUACUCCAGUGGUGUAGAAACAAAACACAGACAUAUGAGGGUGUCAACAUAGAAAACUUCUCUUCAUCUUGGAGUGAUGGUCUGGCAUUCUGUGCCCUUGUUCAUCAUUUUUUUCCAGACGCGUUUGACUUCUCCUCCCUUAAAGCCAGUGAGCGAGAGAAGAACUUCACUCUGGCCUUCAGCACAGCAGAGUCUCUUGCUGACUGCUGCCCCCUUCUGGAUGUAUCAGAUAUGUUACUAAUGGGCAAAAACCCAGACCCUAUGUGCGUUUUUACCUAUGUACAGGCCCUUUGUCAUCAUCUGUCAAAGAUAGACAAAGAGAGGAAAGACAAAGAGAAAAAGGAGAACAAGAACAAAGAAGAUGAUCAAGAUGUGGCUGAAGUUCAUGAACAAGAAGACAAAGAGAAGGAUGAGAGUGAACAACAUGAGGAAAAUCAAACAGAUUCUAGCAUGAAGUCAGUUGAGGAGACAGACCAGAAUGAAAAUGUAAUAAACACAGAUGCUGUGAAUGAUGUUUAGAAGAACAAAGGAAAUGUUAUUAUGUUCAAAUAAUAUUAAACGAUAUAUUUACAGGUAAAUAAUUUAUAAUCAUAACCUUUACACAAUAGUGAAUGUAUGAAUUGAGAUUUUAUAUAAAGUGUGAAUAAACAUAUUUUUUUCUGUACAUUUUUUUAGGUAUCAUAAUGAUAUUUUUUAUUCAUAUCAUAUCAAAUAAAUGUUGACUAAACACGUGGCUUUACAGUAUCUGACAUUUUUGGGGCCUCUUAAAGCCUUAUUACGUCUGAAAUUCUGAUUGAA